AUGAAGGAUCUUGGGGAGCUACAUCACUUCUUCAGGAUGAGUGUUCAGCGCAGUGGUAUUUGUCUUCUCCUCUCCCAGCGACAAUAUAUGAUCGACAUCCUCGCGCGUGCUGGUAUGAUGGAUUGCAUGCCUUGCUCAACUCCAGUGGAUACUAAUCAUAAGCUGGCAGCUGAUGGUCCACUUGUUAAGGAUGAGUUUGGCUUUUGCAGUAUUGCUAGUGCCUUGCAGUAUCUGACUUUCACCAGGACUGACAUCGCCUAUGAUGUUCAGCAAGUUUGUUUGUUCAUGCAUGAUCCACGCGAACCACACUUGGAUGCUCUGAAGAGGAUUCUUCAGUACAUUCAGGGCAUUUUGGAUCUUGGCUUGCUGCUGCGCUCGACUCCCAGUGCUGAGUUGCUAGUGUACUCUGACGUCGGCUGGGCUGGUUGCCCUGAGACCUGGAAAUCCACUUCUAGUUAUGCGGUUUUCCUUGGUGACAACCUGGUGUCCUAG